UGCCGCUGCGGAAGCCCCCUCCCCAUCCAGGAGCCGGGGAGGGGGGAGAACGCGAGCGACCCGGGCCCGGACGCAGCCCCGCCCCCCGCGCCUCCCCGCAGCGGGCCUCGCACCCCGAAUCCCUGUGCCUCAUUGGGGGGGUCCUCCCCCCGCGGGCCGGGCAUGCUGCCCCCCGGAAGGAGCCCCUUUCCUCGCUCCCCCCGGCGCCCAGGCGGAGCAUGAACAUUGAGGAUGGCGCGUGCCCGCGGCUCCCCGUGCCCCCCACUGCCGCCCAGUAGGAUGUCCUGGCCCCAUGGGGCCCUGCUCUUCCUCUGGCUCUUCUCCCCACCCCUGGGGGCCGGCGGGGGCGGCGUGGCCGGGACAUCUGCCGCCGGAGGGGGCUCCCCGCCGGCCACCUCCUGCCCCGCGGCCUGCUCCUGCAGCAACCAGGCCAGCCGGGUGAUCUGCACAAGGAGGGAGCUGGCCGAGGUCCCGGCCAGUAUCCCCGUCAACACGCGGUACCUGAACCUGCAGGAGAAUGGCAUCCAGGUGAUCCGGACGGACACAUUCAAGCACCUGCGGCACCUGGAGAUCCUGCAGCUGAGUAAGAACCUGGUGCGCAAGAUCGAGGUGGGCGCCUUCAACGGGCUGCCCAGCCUCAACACCCUGGAGCUGUUCGACAACCGGCUGACGACAGUGCCCACGCAGGCCUUCGAGUACCUGUCCAAGCUGCGGGAGCUCUGGCUGCGGAACAACCCCAUCGAGAGCAUCCCGUCGUACGCCUUCAACCGCGUGCCCUCGCUGCGCCGCCUCGACCUGGGCGAGCUCAAGCGGCUGGAGUACAUCUCCGAGGCAGCCUUCGAGGGCCUGGUGAACCUGCGCUACCUCAACCUGGGCAUGUGCAACCUCAAGGACAUCCCCAACCUGACGGCCCUGGUGCGCCUGGAGGAGCUGGAGCUGUCGGGCAACCGGCUGGACCUGAUCCGCCCGGGCUCCUUCCAGGGCCUGACCAGCCUGCGCAAGCUGUGGCUGAUGCACGCCCAGGUGGCCACCAUCGAGCGCAACGCCUUCGACGACCUCAAGUCGCUGGAGGAGCUCAACCUGUCCCACAACAACCUGAUGUCGCUGCCCCACGACCUCUUCACGCCCCUGCACCGCCUCGAGCGCGUCCACCUCAACCACAACCCCUGGCACUGCAACUGCGACGUGCUCUGGCUGAGCUGGUGGCUCAAGGAGACGGUGCCCAGCAACACGACGUGCUGCGCGCGCUGCCACGCGCCCGCCGGCCUCAAGGGGCGCUACAUCGGCGAGCUGGACCAGUCGCACUUCACCUGCUACGCGCCCGUCAUCGUGGAGCCGCCCACGGACCUCAACGUCACGGAGGGCAUGGCCGCCGAGCUCAAGUGCCGCACGGGCACGUCCAUGACCUCCGUCAACUGGCUGACGCCCAACGGCACCCUCAUGACCCACGGCUCCUACCGCGUGCGCAUCUCCGUCCUGCACGACGGCACGCUCAACUUCACCAACGUCACCGUGCAGGACACGGGCCAGUACACCUGCAUGGUGACGAACUCGGCCGGCAACACCACCGCCUCGGCCACGCUCAACGUCUCGGCCGUGGACCCCGUGGCGGCCGGAGGCGCCGGGGGCGGCGGGGGCGGCCCCGGGGGCGGGGGCGGCGGCGGGGGCAGCGGCGGCUACACCUACUUCACCACGGUGACAGUGGAGACCCUGGAAACGCAGCCCGGAGAGGAGGCCCUGCAGCCGCGGGGGACCGAGAAGGAGCCGCCGGGACCCACGACGGACGGCGUCUGGGGCGGGGGCCGGCCGGGGGAGGCGGCCGGCCCGGCCUCGUCGUCCACCACGGCGCCUGCCCCGCGCUCCUCGCGCCCCACGGAGAAGGCGUUCACGGUGCCCAUAACGGACGUGACGGAGAACGCCCUCAAGGACCUGGACGACGUCAUGAAGACCACCAAGAUCAUCAUCGGCUGCUUCGUGGCCAUCACGUUCAUGGCCGCCGUGAUGCUCGUGGCCUUCUACAAGCUGCGCAAGCAGCACCAGCUCCACAAGCACCACGGGCCCACGCGCACAGUGGAGAUCAUCAACGUGGAGGACGAGCUGCCCGCCGCCUCCGCCGUGUCCGUGGCCGCCGCCGCCGCUGUGGCCGGCGGGGGCGGCGUGGGCGGGGACAGCCACCUGGCCCUGCCCGCCCUGGAGCGCGACCACCUCAACCACCACCACUACGUGGCGGCCGCCUUCAAGGCGCACUACAGCAGCAACCCCAGUGGCGGGGGCUGCGGGGGCAAAGGUCCGCCCGGCCUCAACUCCAUCCACGAACCUCUGCUCUUCAAGAGCGGCUCCAAGGAGAACGUGCAGGAGACGCAGAUCUGAAGCCUCCGGCCUGCCGGGCAGGGGGACCCCCCCGGGGCGGGGGCCGGACCGGCACCCUCCCCCCAGCCCCAGCCCCG